AUGGAUGAAGACGUAGUCUUUGGCAUCUUCUUCGUCAUUUUCCUCCUCUUCGUCUUCACUCUUCCCCUCUCACUCACAGCCUGCAUCGCCGCCUCCGCCACGCGGAAAUGGUCGAAAGAAAAAGCCCGCCGAUCUCAAUCCGGCUUGGCUUUUGAAGAGGAGUGCUUAGUUUCCGACGCUGAGUCCGACUGCGACCCUGAAGAUUAUCUGGACUCGGAAGACGAGGAAUACUACAACGCCAGGAGGGAGCAGAAGCGCAGGGAACAGGAAGAGAAGAUCGCGGACAGGCAACUUAGCACCAGCGGAAAGUUCUUCAAGGAAUGGAAGAAGUGCUGGAAGGGUCCUUCGGGCACGAAAGAGCAGCUGGCGAAGGAGAGGGAGUUGAAGGAGACUGCGGAGCGGAGGUUGAUCGCCCGCGAGGCUGUCAGGGAGUACAUGAGGAUGGAGAGGAGGAAGGAGAGGAAGACCAGGCAACAACAGGGAGUAAAGAAGGAGCAGGAUGAUGCUAUGGAGUUGCUGACUUAUGGCAACGCUGUUGCUGAGGGCAAACAUUGA